AUACUGGGCCAUUUUAGAGAAAACAAUUUGGAAGAUGGUUGUUCUAAAGGGUAUUCCUGCCAUUAUUUCCCCAGAAUUGUAUACUUUGGCGAAGAUGGGUCACGGAGACGAGCUGAUUCUUGCUGAUGUAAACUUUCCAGUUUCUUCAAUUUGCCGAUUUGGUCCAACUGAAAUAAGAGCAGAUGGGUUAGGUGGUCCACAGCUCUUGGAGGCCAUUUUAAAGUUGUUUCCAAUUGAUACAUAUGUCACUAAUGCAGCUGCUGUGAUGAAUUUGGAUGAAGCUGACCAAAGAAGACAACUUUCUAUACCCGUGUGGUAUAAAUAUGAGAAUUUACUGAAGAGAGCUGGAUUAGAUGUAUGUUUUUAAGCUAUUGUAAGCAUUGCUUUUCUAUGUAAAAUAAUAGAAAUGACCAUUGAUAUGCACUUAUUUUCUUCAUAAAACAUACCUUUUUAGUAA